AAGCCGUAGCCAUUAUGGCUCAAGCCCCGCCUGCCGCGGGCGCCGCUUGAUGGUGGACGAAAGCAAGGGAUACUACCUGGCCUGCCUGCGCGCCAGGAGCGUGUCCCUGCUGCAGUUCCCGCAGUCGCUGAGCGUGUUAGGUGGCCGGGCGCACUUGGACAACUUUGACGCCACAGCUGGCAAUCUGUGGACCUUCAAGCCAGUGGGCAGCAAGGCGUUGGCACGGCGGGACGCUGGGCGGCUGCGUGGCACGUCGGACGGUGCAGAGUCGAAGCGGUACGUGCUGUCUUGCACCAACGUCGAUGAAGACUCCAAGGUGGCGUCCUACCUCGGCCCGAACUUAUCCAUAGUGCAAUCGCUUGAAAAGGCGCAAACAUGGACCUGCACCGUGAUGUCAGAGGACAGGAGACGGCGCGCCCCGGUCGUAGACGGCGAGGCCUUGUUACAGAUCCGGACCUUCUCGGCCGAGGGCCCGACCUUGGUGCUCUGCGCGCACGAGCAUCAGGGCACCGUGCGACUCGUGGAAGCUGACGCGGUGGCGGAGGGAACCACUGGCGGAUUUCUGAGCGACGUCUGGGAGGCUACGCCCGACAGCGACCCGAACCCGGACGUGCUGCAGGAGCUGCUUGAGAUUGGGACGUGACGGCGACUGCAAAGCUGUAUCCCCCCACCUCAUGUAAGCGACAAGCCUAGGAAUCCAUCUAGCAUCUAGAACUCGACUUGUCCCUCCCAUCUUACAACCUGCAAACCUACAGCGCCCUCCGCAGCGUCGCAUGUAGUAGCGGCACGUGCCGCUGCAUGCGAAGUUUCGGCCGCCGUCAGUUGCAUGCGAUUGUAUAUUGCAGGAUGGUUCGUAUAGGGUUCUUGAUUUGCCUGCUGACACCAUCGUUUCACACCCUGGCGAAUGCCGCCGUAUGGUGGGACAUGUUGGCGGUGCUUCCCCGAGGCAAGCAAAAAAAUCAAGCAGUGGCGAAGCGUCC